UGCAUAUGCAGCGGCUCUCCCUGCCGAGGUUCCUAUUUCUGCCGCACACAAAGGAAGGAAAUCUCUUUCUCUGAUCCUUUUCUCUCCUCCCCCACCCCCCCGGAGCCCCGACCUCCCCGCCCCGGGCUGUGCUGCAGGGACUGUGCGGUGUCCCCGCAGCUCGCUCUGCCGCUGCCAGGCGCUGGGAAGCUGGAGGUUACUUGGUUUGUUGGGUGGGUGUUUUUUUUUUGCUUUUCGUUUCGGAUCCUCCCUGCUCUCUCGUGCCUCUUGCAGCAGGCGAGCCAGGCAGCCCUGUGUCAUGACUUAUGAAUGAGCGUGACUCAGGGAUCGCCCACACUCCGCAAGGGGAUCCUCCGUCCGAGCCGGCAGGGAGGCAGGGCUGGGCUGCGUGUGCCUGCAGAAUUGGAGAUCGCUGCUGCAGCGGGUGCUGGACACCACGCCCUCCCUGGCCUGGAGUAAUCCUGCAUGACCAUCACAAAGAUGUCAUGGCACCCUCAGUACCGGAGUUCCAAGUUCCGUCACGUCUACGGCAAGCCAGCCAGCAAGGAGAAGUGCUAUGACUGUGUGCCCAUCACACGCAGCGUCCACGACAACCACUUCUGUGCUGUCAACCCCCACUUCAUUGCUGUGGUGACAGAGUGUGCAGGUGGUGGGGCCUUCCUCGUGAUACCUGUGCACCAGACAGGAAAGCUUGACCCACACUAUCCUCGAGUAUGUGGGCACAAAGGGAACGUGCUGGACAUCAAGUGGAACCCUUUUAAUGACUUUGUAAUAGCUUCCUGCUCAGAAGAUGCUACUGUCAAGAUCUGGGACAUCCCCAAGCAUUUGCUAACAAGAAACAUCACCAACGCAAAGAAGGAACUCCUCGGCCAUGCACGGCGGGUUGGCCUCAUCGAAUGGCACCCCACUGCCAAUAACAUCCUCUUCAGCUCUGGUUAUGACUAUAAGAUUAUGAUAUGGAACCUCGACACAAAGGAGACGGUCAUUCAGAAUCCAGUGAAGAUCUUCGAUUCUCACAAGGAUGUGAUCCUCUCCAUGUCAUUCAACAUGGAUGGCAGUCUGCUAGCCACAGCUUGCCGAGACAGAAAGAUACGGAUUUUUGAGCCUCAGACAGGCACAGUUGUACAGGAAGCCAGCUACAAGUCUCACAGAGUGAAUAAAGUUUUGUUUCUAGGAAACAUGAAAAAGCUGCUCUCUACUGGCACAUCCCGGUGGAAUAAUAGGCAGAUAGUCUUAUGGGAUCAGAAUGAUCUUUCGGUGCCUUUAUUAGAGGAGGAUCUAGAUGGCUCCUCAGGGCUGCUCUUCCCUUUUUAUGACUCAGAUACAAACAUGCUGUAUGUUGUGAGCAAGGGUGAUGGGAACAUUCGCUACUAUGAGAUAAGCAUGGAGAAGCCAUACCUGAACUUCCUGAUGGAGUACCGUUCCCACAUACCACAGAAAGGCAUUGGGGCCAUGCCAAAAAGAGGCCUUGAUGUGUCAGCCUGUGAGAUCUUCCGAUUCUACAAGCUGAUCCCAACCAAAAGCCUGAUCGAGCCUGUUUCCAUGAUUGUGCCACGGCGGUCAGAAUCUUACCAGGAGGACAUCUACCCCAUGACAGCUGGGACCCAGCCAGCACUGACAUCUCAGGAGUGGCUGAAUGGAAUCAAUAAAGGGCCUGUUCUAGUGUCCUUGAGACCAGGCUCUGGGAUUGUGAAUUCUCUGCCACAAUUUCCUGAGCAAGAGCCAUCCCAGAAGACCACAGAAUCCAACCGGUACCAAAACCAGGAAGAAUGGAUGCCACUGGAGGAGAUCCAAAAGCAAAGCAGUGUCCCGGACAGGAAAAGCCAGAAGAAAAUGGAGGAGAGACUGCAGAAUGAUAGCCAGAUGCGGCUUUCCAAUGGCUUUGAUGUGUUUGAGUGCCCCCCGCCCAAAACUGAGAAUGAGCUGCUACAGAUGUUUUACCGACAGCAGGAGGAAAUCCGGAGGCUGCGUGAGGUGGUGAGUCAGAGAGAUGUCCAAAUCAAGCAGCUGGAGCUGGAGAUCAAAAACUGCCACAUGGAUGCAGGCAGGUACUGAGGGCAUAGGGGUGCCCAUGUGGCUGACUGCACCUGGCAGGCCUAUGAGAGACCCCAGCCACCUUGAGAGAACUGCUCUUUCUAGCUUUGGAUUAAGAUGGAAGGCAUGCGAUUGAGUGCCCAGUGGCAGCACAUGGGCUCAUACCCAUCUAUGGAGCUUGCAGAGGAAAGCUGGCUUGAAAAGCAUGGACAAAGUCUUGGGAGUCUUGUUCUGGCUCUGCACACUCUCCUUUGAUGCCUCUGUAUGCUGCAGUGUGCUGGAAUAAGCAGAAGGGGUACUACAAGCUUCCCAGGUCAGCUUGUGCCUGGCAGUGCUGCUCUUGGGGUCCCUGCACUGCUGCCUGGCUAUGCAGUGUGGGGGAGGCUGUCAGCACUAGCCAGGUGCUGUGUAGCAGAGCCCUUGGGGGUGGCCCCCAAACUGCCCACACUGCACAAGGCCUGAGCUACCCUACACAUGAAAUAACAUCGCGUAAGACCCAUAUGAAGACUGGAGUCUGUAGCCUGUCCCAAUAGCAUCUCCAGCCCUCCCACUGAGUAGGCAUACAGGCCUGGCACUCCUGUCAUCCUCCCACCUUUUCCCGUCAGGCAGGGUCUAUUGCUACAUCCUGUUUCUUCUUCUGCAGCAGCCAUUGGCUCCAUUGCUACCUCAUGCCCCAUAACCCAGACACCAGUUAGUCUGUAGCCCUUUCAUGCCUCAGCAGCGUUUUCCUGACCCUACACUGCUCGUCUCCCACCAAGUAGACACACGCUGCUAUCCAUAUGCUGUUAUUUGCCCGACUUCUCCACUCUUCCUCGACUGCCUGAUGUCAGAGCACCUUGCGGUUCAGCUUCUCCUGCCAAGGCUCCGAGCCCUGUCCCCUGAGCCUCUCUGUGUAUACCUGGUGAGAACCUAGGUGUCCUGAGGUUUUCCAGGUCCCCUAGAUGUAAACAGUAGUGUCCAUGCAAACCCUAAGGUGGAAAGAAGUGUCCAUGGUCUCGUGAACGGUGUGAGAAUCAAUGAGGCACUUUAUUUUACCCGAAGUAAUUACUGCUUCACACAUACGUGUAUGUGUAUGCGUAUGUGUGCAUGCACUCAUAUACACAUGGGGUGAGCAUGGGCAAGAUGGCAGGGCCAUGAUCUGAACUCAAACAUUUGCCAAGUGCGAGGAAUACUACUGUGUCACUAGAUUAGAACCACUGCACCACAGAGAAUUCAGCGGCCAGUGAAGUCAGGACUGUGUCCUGUCUGUCAGUGCCUCCUGUUGGGGCAAGGCGCUCACUAGCAUCAGCUCCCAGAAAGCUGCAGCCGACAGAAGUUGCUCAUCUGUGAGCACUGCAAGAGGACCCACAAUAGGUGUGUAAUGCAAAGAGACCUCAGCCUUCCCAAAAGCCUCAUGCCACUCUAAGAACCAAGAAACUCAGGUGCUAAAAAAGUUACUUUUAUGUUGCUUUAAACAGCCCCCUUUCUCCACUCCCACCAGUGACCAUUUGUGUGGGGGUAGUUGUCCACACACCAAGACAAAAUCCAUUUAGAGUUGGCUGCCUUCACCUUUGACACCUCUCUCUGGCAUAGAAGUAGAAAUGAGCUACGCUGAUGCUUGCUUUUUCUGGGGAACUCACCGUCAGACUCCAUCUUUCUGUCUGUCCGAUACUGUUUUGGAGGCAGCAGUACCGGUGUCACUGAGCAGCUCCAUUCUCAGGGCAGCCAUGCAAUGCCUGGGGCAGUGCCAGCCGCUGCAGUGCCAAUUGCAGUGGGAGCCAUUCAUUGCUGCUUUGCAUGCAUCUAUUUUUGUGCCCUCUUCACAAGGGUAGUGCCCAGCCCACUAUGUUACGCUAAUGAGCACCAGUGGUAGGCUCUGUGAAGCUGAGCAUCUGUGCUUGUGUGGGUUACCAUCUCACAAGGUGAUAUGGAUGAAAGAAAGAGAGAGCUGGUCAUCCAAGUUGCCCACCAAAUAUUUUGGACACAUCUACUGUUUGUCUGAACCACAUUUGAAACUUCCACGCAACUAAUACAGCCAUACUUCUUUUUGUAAAAAAAUCCCAAUCAUUUUUAGUUUACAACCAAUGAUUAUCAAAACUGAACAACACAUCAGUGACAUGACAACAUGGAUACCUACAAUGUAAGACAAUGUAAGGCUGCUUCCUGUCAGUGAAAAGUGUGUUUCAUUUGGAGUUUUUUUGGUUUUUUUAUACAAAAAUUAUUUAAAUUAUUUGUCAGCGAAAGUAAAGAAAAAUAAUUUUUACCAGGCAUUUUUGUUUGUUCUUUUUUUAUUAAUUUUUUUCUGUAUGUGUAUGACUAGACAGCUUGGAAACUGGUCAGCAAAUGUUUCUUAGCCAAUUAUGAAUGCACUUGUUGAUCUCAAUGUAUACUUGAAAAGAUAAUCAUUGCAUUUAUUGUUUACUGAAGACCUUUCAAAGAACAAAGAAUAUCUAAUCAGGACUUGAAUAUGAUCUUUUGGCUAAUACCUCUGCAUAAAUGUAGGCUUUGAACUAUGUUUCAGUUCAAAGCUGAAAUGUAACCAUAAAUAUUUUACAGGAAGACAGAGAUUGGCAGAAAUUGUUUUAUUAUGUUUUAUUAAACAGUGCCUAAAUAUAUUUAAAUGAUCAUUUGUGGCAUUCUUCUCAAAUGGCUUGUAUCUUUAUAAAGAAAGAGAGGGAAGACAUAAUAGAAAACAAGAUGAGGAGAAAAGGGCAAAUAGAUUUGUGCAAUGUAAAACAAAUGUAAUUAAAUAAAUAUCUAUCUAGAAUUUUACUUUUUAAUAUUAUGUAGGUUUUGGUUUGAUUUUGCUUUUUCCAGUGUUUAAUUGCUUAAAGAAAAUUUCUAAACCAGAGGACUCAGCAGACUUAGAAGGGAGUUUAUAUAUUUCUGUCCUGUGCUCUGAUAAAUUAUUUCCUGAAUUAUACCUGGUAAUUAAACCUGAAAUUAUACAGGUGCUUA